AGUAAGACUUCAGUUCUCGCAAGAAGACUUGUAUUGUAGUACCUGUUAGUUUCGCGCGCGUGCGCUUUAGCGGAUAUUUUUUUUGUGAAAUAGUGUUCCACUGGAGUAGUGAUUUGUGUAAAGUUUGACUAUUGACAGUUUGAGUGUGAAAAAUAAUUGAGAGUUGAAAACUUUAUGGAUAUUCCCAAAAUCUUAAUACUUGAAAAUUUAUUUUAAAAGUUGGAACUUCAAACUAAAUACGUCUAAUAAAUAAUAAAUAAAAGUUUUAAUAUAAAUAAAACAACGAGCAAAAUGAUGUACGAUCGUCAGACGUCUUUUGACAAGCCGACGCGUUUGGAUGGUACUUCGUACAUCGCCGAAGGCAUCGACAAGAAUGAGUCGCGUAAUACGUACCUUUUGUACUCACUGAAAGAUCAAAGUAGCGGUUCGCUAGCGAAGAGUUUGAAGAUCUUCACGCGACACAACGUCAAUCUGCUGCACAUCGAAUCGCGUUCAUCGGUGCGUGUGCCCGGUUAUGAGUUCUUUGUGGAAUGCGACACCACUGCCGGUGCACUUGGCAAGGCCAUCGAUGAGUUGCGUGAGGAGUGCAGUUAUUUCAAUAUAAUUUCACGUGAUUACAAGGACAAUAGCGCGGCGGUGCCAUGGUUCCCACGCAGAAUAAGAGAUCUUGAUCGGUUCGCUAAUCAGAUUUUGAGUUAUGGCUCGGAAUUGGAUUCGGAUCAUCCCGGUUUCACUGAUCCUGUUUACCGUCAGAGAAGGAAGUACUUUGCCGAUAUUGCUUACAACUAUAAACAUGGCGAACCUUUGCCACGCGUCGACUAUACCAAAGAAGAGACUGAGACUUGGGGCAUAAUUUUCAGAAACCUAACUAAAUUGUACAAGACACACGCUUGCCGUGAAUACAAUCACGUGUUUCCAUUGCUGGUUGAUAAUUGCGGUUUCAGAGAGGACAAUAUACCACAAUUGGAGGAUGUUUCGAACUUUUUGAAAGAUUGUACUGGUUUCACUUUACGUCCAGUCGCUGGUUUACUCUCUUCACGCGAUUUCCUUGCCGGUCUCGCUUUCCGCGUCUUCCACUCUACUCAGUAUAUACGUCAUCCCAGCAAACCGAUGUACACACCUGAACCCGAUGUUUGUCACGAACUUAUGGGCCACGUACCGUUAUUCGCUGAUCCCGCGUUUGCACAAUUCAGUCAAGAAAUCGGCUUAGCGUCGUUGGGCGCACCCGAUGACUAUAUCGAGAAGCUGGCGACUAUUUUCUGGUUCACCGUUGAAUAUGGCAUGUGUCGUCAAGAUGGCGAUCUUAAAGCUUACGGCGCUGGUCUACUCUCUUCCUACGGCGAAUUGGAAUACUGUCUUACCGAUAAGCCAGAAUUGCGUGAGUUCGAUCCUGAGGUUACCGGUGUUACCAAAUACCCAAUUACACAGUUCCAAGAGGUAUACUAUGUGUCGGAGAGUUUCGAGAGCGCCAAAGAGAAGACAAUCAAAUUUGCCAACUCUAUACCACGUCCCUUCGGUGUACGCUACAACGCCUACACACAGAGUAUCGAAGUUCUGGAUUCGAAGAAACAGAUUCGCAAUCUGAUGGACGAUAUCAACUCAGAGUUCCAGAUUCUACAAAACGCCGUGGAGAAGUUGAAAGUGUAGAAUUUUCUAAUUUUUUAUGGAAAAUAUAUAUACAGUUACAUAUGUAUAUAUGCAUUUAUUAGCCACUUACUUAUCGAUAGCUUUACUAUAUAUAUAUAUUUUGUAAAUAUUUACUGUUAUGAGAUAUUCUUGAAAAGAAGAGAUUAAAAAUAAAAUAAUACUUUUUUUGGA